GCACAUCUGCGCAUCUGUGCGCAUGUCCAUGUAACACAUGUCGCAUCGAAGUUGAAUUAUAAGCUCAGCAUUCUACCCGGGUCAAACUGUUUCCAGUGCCACCACUGCCACUGCACUACUAGCUCACUUCCUCAUCUUCCUCCUCUCGCCAUCGCUUGUGCCGUGCGUGUAUAUAUAUGCAUCCCGCCCCCACCCCUUUUACCUCCUCAUCUGUUUGGACCCCGGCAGUGUGAUCGUUGCUUUUAUCUUUUAGAAAGCUCACCAUCCCCUGCGAGUAGCUGCCGGAGGGAAGGAGGAGGAUUCGGCGGCAUGGGGAGGCCGCCGUGCUGCGACAAGGUGAGCGUGAAGAAGGGGCCGUGGACGCCGGAGGAGGACCUCAUGCUCGUCUCCUACGUCCAGGAGCACGGCCCCGGGAACUGGCGCGCCGUGCCAACCAACGCCGGGCUGAUGCGGUGCAGCAAGAGCUGCCGGCUGCGGUGGACCAAUUACCUCCGGCCGGGGAUCAAGCGCGGCAACUUCACCGAGCAGGAGGAGAAGCUCAUCGUGCACCUCCAGGCCCUUCUCGGCAACAGGUGGGCAGCGAUAGCGUCCUACUUACCUGAGAGGACGGAUAACGACAUCAAGAACUACUGGAACACGCACCUCAAGAAGAAGCUCAAGAAGAUGCAGGCCGGCGAAGGCGGCGGAGGAGACGACGGCGUUGGUCCAUCAGAGGGCGGCGGCGGCUGCGAAAAGCUGCCGACCGUCCCCAAGGGGCAGUGGGAGCGGCGGCUGCAGACGGACAUCCACACGGCGCGGCAGGCGCUGCGCGACGCGCUCUCGCUCGAGCCCUCGCCGCUGCCGACGCCUCCAGGGUCAGCGACGUACGCGUCCAGCGCCGAGAACAUCGCGCGGCUGCUGGAGGGGUGGCUGCGCCCAAGCGGCAGAGGCGGGGGCAAGGGGCCGGAGGCGUCGGGGUCGACGUCCACGACGGCGACGACGCAGCAGCAGCCACAACGCUCCGGGGAGGGCGCGGCGUCCGCGUCGGCCAGCCACAGCGCGGCGGCCGCUCAGACCCCCGAGUGCUCGACGGAGACGAGCAAGAUGGCCGGCGCAACCUGCGGCGCCGGCGCCGCGCCGGCGUUCUCGAUGCUGGAGAGCUGGCUUCUGGACGAUGGCAUGGGGCACGGCGAGGUGGGGCUCAUGGCCGACGUGGUGCCAUUAAGGGACCCCAGUGAGUUCUUCUAAUUAAGGCCGCUGUAAAAGUACAACCAAAAGGAAAUUACUCCAGUAGUACAGGUGCAAGAACAAAAAGAAGAAAGUCACCGAGUUAGUCAAUUAGUUAAGAACAAAUUAAACAAACUAAAUUUCUUUUGAGCUCUCGGUGAUUUAGAUCGAGUCUGGUGUCCAUCUAGUUUGUUUAAUCCCCUUCUUUUAGAUCGUUUUUUAUGUUGUUUCUCAGAUGUUAGGGUUUGGAACUGAUCAUGUAAGUUUAUAUAUACUAAUUACAGGUUCCUAAAUGGACCAUGCAUGAGGGUGGGAGAAAGAAAGAUGUGUACAUCUUAAAAUGUGACCAUGUUAUAGAUGAUUAACUAUGUUACUUCA